AUGAACAUGUCGACAUUUGAUUCCUGCCCCUCCAAGUCGGAUUUUAAUGAUGCAGUUGGCAAGGCGCUCUUGAUGACUCGGAAUUCUGGCAGCAUUACUCUGUCAAGCCAUGCCGAGAACUGCAAAGAGGGAGCAGGAUUUGGGCAAGGUUGCCCUACCUAUUCUUGUGGAUGUUAUGACUACCGUAAAUUGCCACGUUAUCAGGCUGGAGCUACAGACCUACUAGACAAGGCCUCUGACUUAGAUGCUGCGGACAAGGACUCGAAGGCAUCCAAACUCAAACUGGAUAUUGAUAUUUGGAAAUCUCAGUGUUCAAAUCAGCUGCUGCUUACUCCGACUCACUGGAAGAGAAAGCAUGCUGGGUCUGACGUCAUUGAAGGACACACUCAGGCUGUCACACCUCAGUGUUACUUUGGCCAUGAUAUUUUGAAUGGUCCCGGUCAGCGGGGGACGUCAGUGCCAGCCCUGCCAAUAUCGGAAGCCGCACCACAGAAGCGGAGGAAGUUAGUACCUGAGUUUGAAGCUCCGAGUCUACUAUCCGUAGCUGAGGCACUGCUGAAAGUUGCAGGAGGGAUCGAGGCAGCAAUCGAUAGGCAAACAAACCUGCUUUCUUUGAUCCUGAAUGCUAUGGAAAGUCAAGGUAGUACUAGUGAGACAUAG